AUGAAGAGUUGUGCCAAAAUAAUUGGAGAAGAACCAAAGAUAGAUGUAUUUUCUACUGUCAGUGAAAUUGGACCAAGACCUGUAUUAAGAGCUCAUCUACCAAACUUCUUUACUGAUCAAGUACUGUUUGAUUCCAUACCUAUUAUGAAGAAAAAUGACGAAGUGGAUUGUGUUUCAGAAGCUGUUUGUAAUUUCUAUGGAUUGGAUUUGAAAUGGACACAUUUUGACGAUUUUAAAGCCAAUGUCUCUGAGUAUCCAAAAUAUCAAUUUAAUAGAGUAGACAAUUUGUUAUUACCCACAUCUGGCAAAGAAAAACUUUUGGGUGUUGAUCAAGCGUCCAAAUACCAUCCGUUUGUGAAGCAGCUUGUUUCGGACACGAAGGACAUUAAGAUUUUGAUUGAUCCGAGUAAGCUUUCGUCUAUCUAUGAACAUAAAGUAAACGGAUUGGUUGUGAUUCCGGGCGCACUGUAUGCUGAAGUGGGUCUUGCUCUAGCAGCCUUAAAGUCACCAAGUAUUUCAUUUCGAGAAGUAACUCAUUUACAAUCUCGAAUCAAAGCAGCUAGAUACUACAAUAGAAGAACAUGGUGA